UGAGAGAGAGAGAGAGAGACGCGACCUCGAAUCACUGCGUCUGCGAAGGGGAACAAUCGCCUCCGUCACUGCAACCGAGUCGCCGGAGAUAUCCCAAGAGUGAGUUGAGGAGGUGAUAGGGGACGGAAGAGUGGGAUGGGGAUCUCCGGAAGAGGAGCAGAUUCAGGUCGGAAGAGGACGCGUACGGCGGAGAAGGGCGAUUUGUUCGACGUCCUUCCCGACGAGCUCGUAGUGGCGGUCCUGUGCAAACUGAGCGCCUCCGCUGAGAGUCCCGCCAAUCUGAUCGCCGUCUUAGUAGUGUGUAAGAGAUUCAAUCGUCUGGGACUCGAUCCCGUGGUUCUCUCGAGAGCAUCGGCGGAAUCGCUCGCCGUGAAAGCCAAGAGCUGGUCGGAUUUCUCCCAUAGAUUCUUGAAACGCUGUGCCGAUUCCGGAAACAGGGAAGCUUGUUACAUCCUGGGCAUGAUCCGCUUCUACUGCUUGAGGAAUCGGAGGAGUGGUCUCUCGCUUAUGGCACAGGCAGCGAUCCGGAACCACGCGCCAGCGCUCUUCUCGUUGGCGGUCAUCCAGUUCAACGGAAGUGGGAAAUCUAAGAUCGACAAGAAUCCCGAAGCCGGCGUGGCCCUCUGUGCCCGGGCUGCCUCCCUCGGUGACGUGGACGCGAUGCGAGUUCUAGGCCAUUGCCUCCAGGACGGCUACGGCGUGCGCCGCAACCUCGCCGAGGGCCGCCGCUUCCUCCUGCUGGCCAACGCACGUGAGUUCGCUACCUUCCUGCACUCCUCCUCCUCCUCCUCCUCCUCCCCGCUUCGGCGCCACACAAAUCGUUGUGGCUCUCUUCUCAAAGAUUUAGAUUUAUGGAUGCGUUCCACGCCACCGCCGGAGCCGCACCCGGCGAGCCGCUUCAUGGAGGAGUGGUUUGCGUCGAGGAGCGAAGUUUUGAAGAGGGAGGAGCUCAGUCUGUGCUUCAACAGCCGAUGCGGCAGGCCGGAGACGCGGAGGCACGAGUUUUGGCUCUGCUCUGCGUGUAGCCUCGUCAAGUACUGCUCAAGGGCGUGCCAGGCCACGCACUGGAGGUCGUCUCACAAGGCCGAGUGCGAGCCUUUCGAGCAGUGGCUGAACGUCGCCGCCGCCGCCGCUGGCGGCGGUGAAGUCGAAGCCCCAGUGGAGGGUGAUGCCGGCCGUGACGUGCCGAUACUUGAUUAGUGUUUGGAAUAAUCGCGAUAGAUGUAGUCGUGAGAGGCACGAGCAAACCACGUGUUAGGAGGUAAUUGUUGUUGACUUUCAAAUAAUCUUAGCAUAAAUUAAAAACAACUAAUUUAUUUUUUUAAAAAAA